AUGACGUCGAUCAAAGAAUGCGUCAUUGUCAUUGAUGGCGCCAACGUUGCUUGUCAAAAAGGUGGCAAAGCUCAUAUUCCAAAUCUCGUGGCUGCAAUUCAAUUCUUUCAGUCACUGAAACCUGCGGUGGGACGUUUUCCCAUCAAGUGCGUCGCGUUCAUACCCAAUUUUUGGCUUAAUGUGAAGCCCGUCUCCGACAGUGUCAAGUCUAGAGAGAAUGGAAUCAUGGAAACAGAUGAAUGGCUACUGCUCAACAAUUUAGUGGAGAAGAAUUACGUAGUCCUUACACCGUCGCAGGCCCACGACGAUUUUUACGUUAUUGACUAUGCUGUCAAACACGAUGGGUUCAUCGUAACCAACGACAUGUUUCGUGACCAUGUAUCAAACAAGCGAUCAUUUCAUGGCAGAAAGCUGACGAGCAGUUGGGUACGCUCGCACUGCAUCGACUUUACGUUCGUUGGAAAGGAGUUCCUGCCAAAUCCACGUGCAAUGGAGCGUAUUUUCAAUUUUCAGCCAUUGACAAUCGAUUCAAAUCUGUCUUUUGCUUCUUCCUGUGUGAGUGUAUCAACCAGCAACCCGGCAAUUUUACCGCAUACAAGUUUACAGGUGACAUUUUCAAAGGAUGAGAAUGAUCAAGAGGGCACUCAUGAUGACGUUGAUGAGGAUGGAAUGGUUGUAGAUCACCCAGGCAUCAAACGGAAUAAGACCAUUGAUCUCUCGGAGGUAACUUACUACAAGGUGCCGCGCCAGCUACUGCCAUUGCUACACGGUCAAGAUGGAGAAACAAUGGAGAAGUUUCAGGAGUACACGGGGACUUACAUCGUUUUGCCAUCGCACGCAGUACUAGAAUCCCCUUCAGUAAGGUUGACGUCAAACAUGCUGACAUUGUCAAUCUAUGGACCGGAAGCAAGUCGGCAGCAAGCCGUAGGUCACUUGGAUGCGUUCCUGCUCGAAAUGCAAGAAAAGCAGGACCCGCGACGUAUGUCAUCACAAGCCUAUCACACAGUGAUUGCUUCCCAGCAUCAACGGCAGUAUGUUGCAGCCGAAGAAAACAUGCCGCCACAAGACGACCAAAUGAUGGAGAUUGAUUCCUAG